AUGUUGUUCAUUCAUCGCAGUUUUUUUGCACAAGCCUUGCUUGACUUUCCCACAAAUCCUCUCCGCAGUCCCUAUGCUCCAUCAUUCCUUGCUGCAUACCGUUGUGCCUCUGCAACGAUCAAAACUACUGUCCUUAACUUCCAAAUGUUGCCGGACCUCUUUAUGCGUUGGUGGACUAUCUGGAGCCAUCUGUUGUCUGCAGCGGUAAUUGUGGGAUCCAUUGUUACUCGAGCACCAUCGACGACUAUGGCUCCUGCUGCAUGGCAGGAAUUGAACCUUGCAGUAGAAAUAUUUUCACGGGGAUCAAAGACAUCAAGUCGCGCUCGUCAUGGUUUGGUGCGUAUCAUUCAAAAUUUACUGCACUAA